AUGUCAUCCAUCAUUGAUCAUUUUCAUUCUAUUCAAAUUUCUGAAUUUAAAAAUCAAUUUCCUAAAUAUUUGAAAGAAUAUUUAAAUACAAAUAAUGAUAUUAAUUAUUUUAUUAAUCAAGUUUUUAAAAUUACAACAUUAAAUGAUAUUAUUAAUUAUUUCUCAAAAUUUACACCUAGAAGACAAUGUCUUCAACGACUUAAAAUAAGUUAUAGAUGUACAACAUGCUAUGGAAAGAAUGUAAUUAUUUGUAAUGAAUGUUUUAAUAGAAAUGAACAUAUUGGACAUAAAGUUCAAGAAUAUACAAAUGCAGUAGGAUAUUGUGAUUGUGGAAUAUUUAGAAAUGGAGGAUUUAAUUGUUGUAAAAAACAUUUACCACUAAUAAAUAAUAAAGAAAAAAUAUUAGAAAAAACAAUUGGAGAAAAUUUAGAACAUGGUAAAGAAAUAGUAAGAAUAAUUAUUAAAACAAUACAAGAAUAUUUAUUAAUUAAACAUACAAUAGAAGAAUGGAAUAAAUUUAGUUUAUUUAUGGAUGAAAUAAGUAAAAUAUUUCAAGCAGAAAUAAUAUAUCAAAUAUUUGGAGAGAUUUCAUCAGAAAUAAUAAUUAAACCAUUCUCUUUUAUUCAAGCAUUAUUUAUUUUAAUAAAUUCAGAUAUUUCAUUACCAAAUAAUUUUAUUCAAAUAAUUGCACCAUCAUGGUUUAUUCCUAUGGCAAUGCAUCCAGCAGCAUAUAAACAUUAUAAAGAUUUUAUAUUAGAAAAAUAUCAAAAUCGAGCAGAAUUUUAUGGAACAACAUUAUAUUCAAUUCAAGAAGAAAUAAAAAUACUUGGAAAACCAAAAAAUCAUAAAGAAUAUAAAAAAUUAAUACUUGUUAUAAAUGAAUGUAGUUCAUUAUAUAUUCAAGAAGAUAUUUUAAAGAUAAAACAAAAAAAUGAAGAAUUUAAAAAAGCAAUUUUAAUAUUUUCAAAUUUAAUAAAUGAUAUGAUAAAUAAUAAAAAGAUGUUAAUAAUAGAAGAUCAAUAUAUUAUUAAAUCAAUUAUUAAAAAUAUUAUUUAUUUUUAUAUAAAUGGAAAAGAAAUAGAAUAUUAUAAAAAUAUACUUGAACAAAAAUUAUUAGUUAUAAAAAUUAUUCCAUUAAUGGAAAUUUGUGAUGAUGAAUUUAUUAAAAUGAUAAUUGAUAUUAUUUUAUAUUCAAAUAAACAAAAAAUAGAAAAUCUUUUAGAUUUAAUUAUUGAAUUUUGUUUUAAUAAAAAGAAAAUAAAUGCAGGAGUUUAUUUAAUGAUAAAAAAAUGUGGAGAAAAUUUAAGUCUUCCAAGUGUUAAAUUUGAAAAAAUUGAAUUAAAAGAAAAAAUUAAAUAUUGUAAAAGUGAAAUUGAUUUUAUGAAUAUUAAUCAAUGUAAUAUUUUACCAUUUUAUUCAAAUCAAAUAGGAAAAGAAUUUAAUGUAAUUAAAUUAUUUUCAAAAAUGAAAGAAUAUAAAGGAUCAUUAAUAAAAUUUAUUAAAAAUGAAUAUCCAAAUAUUAAAAAUGAAUCAAUAUUAAUUAUUAUUGUAUGGUUUUUUCAUUAUGAAGAAAAAGAAGUUUUAUAUUAUAUUUCUCAAAAUAAAAUGUAUGAAAAAUAUAUAAAAGAAGAAGAAGAAGAUAUAACACAAAAUAUUAAAUUAAAUGAAAUAAUACAAGAACAAAUAAUUAAUAAUAAUAAAAUAAUAUGUAAUCCAUUUGUUCCAUUUGCUCAAGGUAUAAUACAAAAUGUUUAUUUAUUACUUUGUUUAUUAACAAAUAAAAUUAUUGGAAUAUGGAAAACAAAUAAUAAAAUUGAAAUAAUAUUAAAAUCAAAAGAAUUAACACAAUUACUUAUUCAAUCUAUUAAUGAACAACCAUUAUUUGUUAUUCAUGUAUUAUGGUUAAGAAUUCUUUAUAAAAUUUCACUUCCUGAUGAUAAUAAUUGUUUUAUUCUUUUUAUUCAACUUCAAAAUUUUAUAAAACAAUAUCCAUUUAUUCUAAAUUCAAUCUACAAAUUAUCUAUAGAAUAUGAUUCAGUUACUCCUGGAACACAAAAAGUCUUUUUAGAAACAUAUUUAGAAUAA